UUUAUUAAAUAAUCAAAUAUUGAAUUUCGAUUUUUUAUAUAUAUAAUUUAUAUACAAAUUAAAAAUCUUCAUUUUGAUAAUCAUAUAUAUUGUUUCUAGUCAUACAGCAGUGAAUAUUAUGAGAAUCAUUCCAAGAAAUAAACUUCGUGAGCUUGUUACAGAUAUUCUAAAAAUUAACGCUCAGAAUCAGAAAUGGCUUGUGAAUGCGUGGGAAAAUGAGUUCGAUGACCUUGAUAUCGAGUAUGAUGGUGAUGCUAAUGAAGAUGAUCCUCAUGCAUUGGUUGUAUUCAUGGAUGAAAAAUCGCCAAUAACUCAUCGAGUACUGAUCUGCGACAUGGGUGGAUCUAACGAGUCCAUCCGAAAAUAUUUCAAGGAGAAGUAGUUGAUUAAAAAAGAGGAUUGCACUCUUGAGGUUCGACAGCCAGUUGAGCCAGAGUAUUCCCCAGCACUUAGUUAGUUUGAGCCAAAGACUACCCAAAUCUUGGGGCUGGGGUUCUGGGAUUUUUAGCCUGGUCGAGUGAAAUCUUCUGCUGACUUUUGCAGGGGAAGAUAAGUUCACGGAAAUACUAGCACUUAGAUUGAGAUUCUACCGAGAUCAAGCGAGGAAAAGUUAAUAAUACAAAGGCCGAGAGGUACUGUGCUCGAGAAUAUACCUUCAUAGACGAGGAUUGUACGCGCUAAUUAGCUAUACAAACAGCCGUAUGGGUGCGCUUCAAGGUCUAAGACGUAAUGAGCUAAAUCUAUGGAACACUUUUUCUAUAAAAGAUUCCUUUUGCUUUUGAUCUUAUGGAAAUAGUCUUGCUACUGCUGCUUCAGAACACUAUGGCUUCCGCUACUUUUGCUAAAUUGUAACUUCAACAUUUGAGUAUGAUCACUUGAUGCAGUCCGCCCUCUAAUCAUCUUAUAUCAUCUAAUCAUCUAAUCCUUUCAUACUUUUCAUCCCGCCGAGCCGGGCCCCGAAAGCUUUCUCAUCUUCAAUUCCAUCACCGACCUUUUCAAAUAAAAAACAACUUAUCACUUCGAUCCAAUCACCUCAACCCACUUUC